AUGAUCCGGCAAUUCUGGGCCUCCUGUGUUUUCCCGCUGUUCCUGGUCGGCUUCGCUCAGGAGACCCUAAAGCCGCCGAAGAUGAAGAUGGAUUGUGACAAAGAGGUGACAGGCACCAUCUAUGAGUAUGGAGCCCUUACCCUCAGUGGCGAGGAGUAUAUCCAGUUCAAGCAGUAUGCAGGCCAGCACGUGCUCUUUGUCAAUGUGGCCACCUAUUGCGGCUUGACAGCUCAGUAUCCUGAACUAAAUGCACUCCAGGAGGAGCUGAAGCCUUUGGGUGUCGUUGUGUUGGGCUUUCCCUGCAACCAGUUUGGAAAACAAGAACCAGGAGAAAACUCAGAGAUCCUGUUUGGGCUCAAGUAUGUGCGUCCAGGUGGUGGCUUUGUUCCCAAUUUCCAGCUCUUUGAAAAAGGGGAUGUGAAUGGAGAAAAUGAACAAAAGGUCUUUACCUUCCUGAAGAACUCCUGCCCUCCAACCUCUGAUCUUUUGGGUUCAUCAAGCCAACUCUUCUGGGAGCCCAUGAGGGUCCAUGACAUCCGCUGGAACUUUGAGAAGUUCUUGGUGGGACCUACUGGAGUCCCUGUCAUGCGCUGGUUCCACAAGGCUCCAGUCAGCACAGUCAAGUCAGACAUCCUAGAGUACCUGAAGAUACCCGCAUUCUGGACCUUUCCUUGGCACAACCAAAAGCACCAGGUGGGACUGGCAGCUCACAGAACUGCUGUGACCAUGAGCACAGACCUCCUGGAGUCAGACCCCUCGGUGCCUGGCCAGGACCUCACAUGA